AUGGCGCCUUCAGCAGUGGAACACGAGGUGCCAGUCCUGCCAUCUGUUACAAAGAAAGGUGCACCGAUCAGGAAGCCUCUGGAACUAUCUGGAGCACUAGAUGGCUUUGAGUCGUUUGACGUGACGCCCACGAUUGGAAAGGAGUUUGUCAACGUCGAUGUGGCCGAAUGGCUGAAAGCGCCCAACUCGGACGAGCUCCUGCGCGAGCUCGCGAUCACCAUCUCGCAACGUGGCGUCGUCUUCUUCCGCGCGCAAGACAACCUAACGAACGACCUGCAGAAGGAGCUCGUGCACCGCAUGGGGCAGCUAACGGGCAAGCCGGCGACGUCGACGCUGCACAUCCACCCGGUGCUGAACGACGACCGCGAGCUCGGCGGCACCGACAAGGAGAUCAGCACCAUCAGCUCCAAGCAAAACAGCAAAUUCUACGAAAACCGGGCGUACAGCGUGAGCAACAAGAACCAGAGCAGCGCGGCAUGGCACAGCGACAUAGCGUUUGAGCCGGUGCCGGCAGACUACACGGCGUUGCGGCUGACGGAGCUGCCCAAGACAGGCGGAGACACGCUCUGGGCAUCGGGCUACGAGCUCUACGACCGGCUCAGCGCCCCCUACCAAAGAUUCCUCGAAAGCCUGACCGCGACCUUCCAACAACCAGGCUUCAACCGCAUCGCCGAGCGCGAGGGCUUCGAGCUGCACGCGGGCCCGCGCGGCGCGCCCGAGAACGUCGGCACCGAGCUCAAGGCCGUGCAUCCCGUGAUCCGCACGAACCCGGUGACGGGGUGGAAGAGCGUGUUCCCCGUGGGGCACCACAUCGCGCACAUCAACGACGUCACCAAAGAAGAGAGCGCCAGCCUCCUCCAGUGGUUCCUCGACCUCGUGUACAGGAACCACGACGUGCAGGUGCGGCUGCGGUGGCAGAACGCCAACGACCUCGCCAUCUGGGACAACCGUAGCGUCUUCCACACGGCGACGUACGACUUCUCCGAGGAGAUCCACGGCGAGCGCUUCGGGAACCGCGCUGUCGGGUUGGGCGAGAAGCCGUAUUUGGACCCGAACAGCUCGUCCCGCCGCGAGGUGCUUGGCAGGUUGGGGCUUGUGUAGACGGCGCUGUGCUGUUGGUGGCAGGGGCUGCUUGUUGCUGGUUUUGGUUAAUACAAUGCCUUUUCGGAUGAUGCCAGGGCCUUUCGGUUGUCUGUGCUGUGUGUUCAGUUGAUUACGAACCGUGCGG